AAUAAUACAUGAUACUCUAGUUACGGAAGUCAUCCAUUUUGUUGAUGUACAAGGUUUAUAAACAAGGUACAAGAUCUGUUUUGCUUGACAAUAAUCAGUCACGUGUAAAAUAAAACCGCUACAUUUGUUUAUCUAAAGCAAUGGAAUUUUUUCAGAAAGCAGUAAGUAUUAAUCACGACGAAGAUGAUACAAUCAUUGAAUUAAAUGUUGGAGGCAAGAUAUUCAGCACACUCAAAAGCACACUUUCGAGGGAAAAUGAUAGUCUCCUAGCCGAAAUGAUCAAUGGAAAAAUUACAACAAAAGUUGACAACUCUGGCAGAUAUUUUAUUGAUUGCAAUCCAGACAUCUUUUGCCAUAUUCUUGAAUAUCUAAGAUUUGGAAAAUAUCCUCUUCCUGAAAAAGUCAUCGAUGUUUAUGAUUACGCAAGGAUGUUUCGUCUUGGAAAAUUUAUGGCAUCAUUGGAACAAUUCAAAGAUGUGCAAUAUAAACUUCAAGGUGACCACUCUAAGAGUUCCUUGGACGAUGGAAAAUACAAACAGUUGUUACAAGAUAUUGUAGGAAAGCUGUCCAUCUUAAAUGAAUAUGCAAAUCCAAGAAGAUAUAUUUGUUUAGUAACUGUUUUCAACAUCUCUCAAAAUCUUCCAGAAUGUGAAUGUUCCGAUAAAUCUUUUGGAUGCAUAGAAGGGAGAGAAAUUAUAGCUGAAGCUAGUAAACCUCCCAUAAAAACAGAAUUACAAAGCACAGAUGUUAAUUUGAUUCGUGCUUUAGCAGCGGACUUGAAAUCGUUUGGGUACGGCAGGUUAAAGUACACCACACUUUUUACACGUUGUUCUGCUUGUGCAGGACAUCACAUAGCAAUUAUUCUAAAUAGUAAGAAUACAGACAAAUAUUUGGAACAUUUACCUUCGAACUGGAUAUCCAUUUAAAAUUUUGAAGCAGAAGAUUUUAAGAAUCACUGUUUAAGAACUGUUCAUGUAAGAUAAUAUUUAAAACUCAUUUGAAUUCUAUUAAAGAUGAGCUUUUCUUAUAAGUAAAAUAGUUUUGAUUACAGCAACUUAUUGAAGUCUAUGACAAACUAUGUUUUCGAAGAUGAUAUCCCAAUAACUGGUCAAGUGACUUGUGUCCUUUAUAGGAAAAACUGCCAGCCUUUUAUAUUACACUAUGUAUUUGUACCGUCGUUUCACGAAGUGUAUAGGAUUUUAAACGUUAUAUAACAUCUCUGUGUGUACUUAAAUGAGAUGUAUUUCAUUAAACACAGCUGUUUAGCAAUAAAAGGUAUUUCCAAAUAUCAAAUAUGAGUAUGAUAAUUAUAUCUUUAUCGAAUG